AUGCGGACGCUGGAGUACUUGAUCCGCCAUCCGCAGCCGGUGAUCGGCAACAAGGGACUCUCCGUCGCCCGACGGGUUCGAGGCGGGGUUACGAUCGCGCCGGGCGCCGUGGGAAGCGGGGAUGAAGGACACCGUCAGGUGACGGCAUCCGUCACCCGGAUCAUCGCGCGAUUCCCCAAUGAGGAUGAGCUGGUUUCGAUCCCGACGCGAUGUUCGAUCGCCUUCCGAGCGCUG